CACGCGUUAAAUUGUAUAUGUUACGCCAUUUUAUUGGCUGUUGUCGUGAUUGAAUUUUCUUAUUGAUGCGGAUAUUCUGAGGUGUAUGUCAGAGUCAGUCCUGCUUGUACGGAGUUGUUUUUAGCCAACAAGCUAGCUAGCUUAAGCAGCGGUCGAGUGAGGGCCGGUGUUUCCAGUCCGUCUCGGUGAUCCAGCAUGGCUCACAGCGCCAGGAGAGACUCACCGGAGCUGCCAGACUUCUCUGUGCUCAAGAGGCUGGCCAGGGACCAGCUCAUCUACCUGCUGGAACAGCUGCCGGGGAAGAAGGACCUCUUCAUUGAGGCAGACUUGAUGAGCCCUUUGGAUCGAAUUGCUAAUGUCUCAACAUUAAAGCAACAUGAGGUCGACAAACUCUACAAAGUGGAGUACAAACCUGUUGUCAGCACUUCAGAUCAGCUCUGCUUCCUGAUCCGUCCAAGAAUCCAGACUGUUAAGUGGGUCUGUGAUGUGGUCAAUGCAGACAAAGCAGCUGGGAAAUUUAAACGAUACAAGAUCAUAUUUACUCCUCAGAAGUUUUACGCCUGUGAGACGGUGUUGGAGGAACAGGGAAUCUUUGGUGAUGUGAGCACUGAUGAAUGGGCCUUCUAUCUCCUUCCUCUGGAUGAAGACAUCAUCAAUCUGGAGCUCCCAGAAUUCUUUCGGGAUAACUUUCUGGAGGGAGACCAGCGGUGGGUGAGGACUGGCGGCAGCGCCCUGCAUCUCUUCCACUCCAUCUACGGUCCCUUCUCUAAAGUCUACGGGAUUGGACGAUGUUCCAAGAUGGUGUAUGAAUCGUGGAGGGAGCAGGUCAAGGAGGGAGAGCAAAAAGCUCGUCAGGCUGAAGUCGGAACUGUUUUCCUCAUUGACAGAGAUGUGGACUUUGUUACUCCUCUGUGCUCACAAGUGGUAUAUGAAGGGCUAGUGGAUGACAUAUUCAGAAUCAAAUGUGGAUGUGUGGAGUUUGGACCUGAUGUGACCUCCUCUGACAAAAGUAUAAAAGUGAUGUUGAACUCUCAAGAUAAGGUAUUCAAUGAAAUAAGAAACGAGCAUUUCUCCAAUGUCUUUGGCUUCCUUAGUCAGAAAGCCAGGAAUCUCCAGACGGCAUAUGAUAAACGUCGUGGGAUGGACAUAAAACAGAUGAAGACUUUUGUGUCAGAGGAACUAAAAGGGUUAAAACAAGAACAUCGGCUGCUGAGUUUACAUAUUGGUGCUAGUGAAUCAAUGAUGAAGAAGAAAACAAAGCAGGACUUCCAGGAGCUGCUGAAGACAGAGCAUUCCUUACUUGAAGGGUUUGAAAUCCGUGAAUGCAUUUCCUUCAUAGAGGAACACAUCAACAGACAGGUCUCCAUGAUAGAAAGUCUGAGGCUCCUUUGUCUUCUGUCUCUCACGGAGAACGGGCUCCUGCCAAAAGAUUAUCGAUCAUUAAAAGCACAAUAUCUACAGAGCUAUGGAGUGGACCACCUUCUCACGUUUGCCAACCUGAAGCAGUUGGGACUGCUGGUGGAGCAGCAGCCAGGGGAGACUCUCACUGUCAUGGAGAGCAAAAUGGGCAAACUGGUCAAUGACAAAACUGCAGGAAAGCUGACUGAUGCCUUCUCCUCUUUGGCAAAGAAGAGCAAUUUCAGAGCCUUGAGCCGAAGACUCAGUCUAGUGCCUAAGUCAGAUGAAGAAUAUGACCUGCGUGUUCCUCGAGACAUGGCUUACAUCUUCAGCGGUGCCUAUAUUCCUCUUAGCUGCAAACUCAUUGAGCAGGUGUUGGAGCGAGACGGCUGGACAGGCCUGGAAGAAGUCACCAGGUUGCUCAACGGGCAUGAAUUUGCUGUCACAGGCAGCAAUGGAGCUGAUUUAAGACCACAGAGUGAUGCUCAACGCAUCAUCCUGGUCAUGUUCCUCGGUGGCUGCACCUUCUCUGAGAUUUCAGCCUUACGUUUCCUGGGCAGAGAGAGAGGUUACAAAUUCAUAGUGCUAACAACUGCGAUUACAAACAGUGCAAGACUCAUAGAGGCCAUGCUGGACAACCAUGUAUGAAUCCUGACUGACUUCCAGGACAAAUGACUGCAUCCCUCUGAUGGACAGAUAUUCCAGACAUUCCUGCCGUCACAUUUCACGUCAAGUCUUAACAGCCACUGGCAUUACCAAUGGGAAAAUGUGAAGUUGCUGGCCAUGUAUGAUAGCGAAUCAAGUGUAAAAAAAAAAAAAUGUAUAAAAUUAAUAAAUGCUUUUAAUACAACUACA